UCAGAGGUUCUACUUCAGAAAAAUGAUAUUAAGUGGAGAGAAGGAAGAUUACCAACCUCCAGAAAAUGAAAAAUCUUCAUCUCCAUUAAUCAAAGACGAUCCAUCAACUUCCACUUUUGAUGUAGCUCCGAAAAAAGACGAAGAAAAGGAAAAAACUAAUGUUGGGAACAAUCCUGUCAGAAGACCAAGGUCAAUGGGAGGUAGCCGUCAAGUGAGCACAGAAGAUGAAGACGUUGCUAGGAAAAAACAAUCAGAAUCUAGAAAAAGAUCCACCGCAUCUCAGGGUAUGAAACAUAAAAAGAUGCAUCCAGCCGAACGUAGAGCAGCAUUUCUUAUGGCAAAUACUCCGACUACAGAGACAAAUAGCGGAUAUAAAAAGGACCACAUGCUGUUAAUGCAUUCCGUAGAUUGUCGCGCGCCGAAUUUCCAUUUAAAAGAGCAGAUUAUGGAAAAAUUCGAAAGACAUUCCACAAUUCAUGGAAUAUGCCAUGCCUCGCUAGCUCCAAACAAGCGCUGGCGAAGAUUUUGGUUAGGAGUAUUUACCGUGUGUUUCGUUAUUAUGGUUAUUCAAGUUAUAUAUCUAGUUCUCAAAUAUUUGCGCUUUCCAAAAACUGUUGAUCUUGAUCUCAAAUUUGAAAAUGCCCCAUUUCCAUCAGUUACUUUUUGCAAUCUUAAUCCGUACAAAGCCUCAGCCAUAGGAGAAGAUUCAAAAAUUCAAGCAACGUUAGAUGCAUUCAAAGAUAGAGAAAGAGAAACUGGUCACAAAGGAGGAAUUGCAGCCUCUUUAAAAAUCGAGAAUGCUGCAUUAAUCAAAAGAAGAAGGCGAGAAUUAGCUAGAAAAGCUAGACUAGAAGGCUUUGAACGUCGGUAUUUACAAGUUUACGCACAAUGCUAUUGUGAAAUAAAUCGACUUUCAGCUGAAAGAAAGCCAGGAAGUUGCUUUGCCGCUUAUAAAGGAAAAAUUUCCCUUCUAUUCGCAACUGGAAGUCAAUUACAAAAUUUUCAUCCAACUAAAUGUCUAUGUCAAUUUGACUGGAUUAGUAAAACAUUGUGGCCCUGUUUUCCAUACAACACAUGGAAAGAACAUAUUUGUACGGAAUGUGUUGAUCAACUUGGGCAUUGUCCAAUGCGUUUCUACUCAUAUGAUAUUGUCGAAUCAAAUGGAAAUGGCAGCAAAAAUAAAGGCGCACAAAGAAAUGAUAAAAAAAGGAGACAGAAUGACCAAGACUCGAAAUCAAAAAGGGAUAAAUUGAAAACAAAUAAUAAGAAAACUAAUCGGGCAAAGGAAAAGUUAAACGAAACAAAUAUAGAUGUAUGCAUUUGUCACCAAGAAUACAAUCAUUGCGUGCAGAACAAUAUUAACGGAGAAAUUCCUGACAUUUUACCGAGUGAAGAUCUUGAAGGCAUCAACUUUACUGAAAGUUUCGCUACUCCAUCGAAUUAUAGUCGAGAUAGUGAUUUUUUAUUUAAUCCAAUAACAGAAACAACAACCACAACAACUACACGAGCACCAGACGUUGUUGAGGCGAUGGGAUAUGAAGAACUAGAAGACGAGAUAGCAAUAAGAAACAAAGCGCAAGAGAAUCUACGUUUUGCCAUGGGAGAAAAACCAAUAAAUGAGCGAAAAACUAUGUCACAAUCAAAGGAUGAAUUAAUAUUAAAAUGUUCCUUUAACCAAAGAGACUGUGAUAUUGAAAAGGAUUUUAAACAAAUUUUUGAUCCGACUUAUGGAAAUUGUUAUACAUUUAAUUGGAAUCGUAAUGCAACAGUUACAGCAUAUAGAGCAGGAGCCAAUUAUGGAUUAAAGGUUAUGCUGUAUGCGAAUGUAUCAGAGUAUUUAUCAAUAACAGAAGCGGUUGGAUUCCGAAUUACUGUGCACGACAAAUGGACGGUUCCAUUCGCGGAUGCUUUUGGAUACAAUGCCCCCACUGGUUUUAUGUCUGCAUUCGGUGUUAGAAUGGUCGGUCAUUUACAAUUUUCAAUUAAAAUUUUUGAAAAAAAAUUUCAGAAAAAAUUUUUUCGACUUGAACCGCCUUAUGGACAUUGCAGUGAACGUGGAGAUAAUUCAAAAACAUAUAUUUACAAGGAUUACAGCUAUAGCAUUGAAGGAUGUCAUAGAAGUUGUACCCAACAAGAAGUGAAAAAAGAGAAAAAUUUUAAUGAAGAUUUUUUCAUUAAGAUAAUCAGAAUUUGUGGGUGUGCUGACCCUCUCUACCCAGUUCCUAACUCAGCUCAUGCUUGUCCUGUAAGUGAUCCUGAUGCAAGAAGGUGUAUAGAUAAUGCAACAAGAGAAAUCAGUGAUCUAAUCUCACAAGAUAAAUUAUUCAACUGCACUUGCCCACAGCCUUGCAGGUAUACAAGGAAAAUAUGA